AUGAUCACAACUGUCAGCCCCGUACGCAGGUCCAUUUACAAACGCAAGAUGAGCUCCCAACCAAAAGGCAUUCUCAAGCCAGCGCCUCCUCCACAGAAGGGCUUCUCUUUUCGAAGGGACAUUCUCCAGAGCAUCAACACUCGUCUCGCUCAACAGGGCGUCAACGUUCAAGUGCCAAUGCCUCAAAGCGGUACAGCACAAGCCACUGCAUCCUACAUCGGUGGUAUGUUUCGCAAGAUUGGCGGCAUCGCUGCCGGCGCUGCGGCCAAUGUGAGUGGAUCGAAUUCUACCACUGUCGGCGGCUUGCUCUCCAACGACCCAUCUUUCAACAGCAACGGGUCCAGCUUGUACUCGCAAGGGAGCCUGGAUGAUACCAAUGCAAACAAGAGCGGUAGCAAUAUCAUGUCGUCGUCUGGCUCGACCGCAAUCGCAUCACAGCAGAAUGACUCGGAAAACGGAUCGACAACGUCGCUGGUCAAAAACACCGUGCUAUCAUCCACCACCUCGGCUGCACCGCUCAAAAAGGUGCAGUUUCAGGUAUCGCACAUGAGUGUCACUUAUCCCAUUGUCGGUGCUGGCACUCCGGAAGACGAAGAUCUCACCCGUUUACGCAUCGAACGAGAGCAUCGUCGCAUGCUCAAGGCUCGUCGCGGAAAGCCAUGGACGCCUGAACAACUCGAGGCGCUCUACCGCGAAUGUUGCCGCACGCGUGAAGAGCAUCCGCUCAAAAAAAUGCGUCUUGUCUUUCAAGAAGCCGCGCAGUCGAUUCCGCCAGCACUCAAGACCAUGGAUCUUUCCUUUGUACCGCUCGAUCGACACGCUGUUGAGCCUAUCGCCGACCUGCUCAGCGUCGACUUCGGUCUCAACAAGCUCGUCCUUGAGAAUUGUGCUCUCACAGAUGAUACGGUCAAAUCGAUCUUACACGCUCUGCUCGUCUCUGGUACUUUGCCCAAUCUGAGCAUAGCGAGCAAUCGCAAGAUUCGAUUCCGUGGCUGGAAGUAUGUAGCCAUUUUCAUGCGACGCGCACGCGCGCUGCGCUAUCUCGACUUGUCUGAAAACUCGAUAGACCGUCUGUCGCUCGAGCAUCUCCUUGCCGUCAUCAUCAAACCGCCAUCUGCCGUCACAUACCAUCGUACACAACCAUCACGUGCGGCCAAAAAGACGGCCGAUGCAAAACCCGAGGCAGACGGAAAGGAAACGUCGAAGGAUGCUGAAAGUGCUGAACACCAAGUGAAAGAUGGGGGUGAGGACGACGAUGACGACGAGGACGACGAGUUCUUUGACGAUUCGGGCGAGCCACUGAUGCCAACUGCACCGCUACUCCGCGAUGUCUCGGACGAUCCUGAUCCGCCUACUUCAGCAGUCACCUCGCUGCGCCUCGAAAACUGUGGCCUAAAAGCAGCUUCACUCGAGAUGCUCUCACAGGCAGUGCGGUUCUCUGACAUUCGACACCUUUCGCUGCGUCGCAACAAGAUUGGUCAGCUUGCCUCGGUGGCAUUGGCCAUCAUGCUUAAGGACUAUCCGGAUAGUGUAAUCGCUUCCGACACUCAGACGAGCAGCGCAUCAGCUCGCAAGUCAUAUUUCGAUCCUGCUUCCGCUCCUUUUUCAACAGCAUCCGGCAUGGCUGAUGCCGAGGUGUUUCAACGCAAUGGACGUACCUUGCGACCCAGCGAUGGGUUGACCACGUCGGAGCGUUUUGCACGCAGCUACUCGCCUGGUCUUCCAGAAGUUCCCGUCAUCGUCUCGAGUCCAGGAGGCGGCAUUACGUCUCGCAAGAUGCCCGGGUCGCAUCAGGUCAAUGGUGGCAGCGAGCAGAGGCCUACCACGUUCUAUGGAGUGCACACCGAGCAGCUGCAAGACGCCAUGCAAACGAGCAUCGCCGGACCAACAGCUGAGAUAGAUUUGAACUUGACACCACAACAGCGGCUCGAGAUUCGAAGCAAUUCGGCGCCCAACCUGAGCGAGGAGGAAGCGGUCGCCAUUUACCAAGCCAAGCGCGCACGCCGGAUUCUGGCGGACCUGCCACGUGUGGGCAACCUGCUUACACUCGAUCUCAAGUCCAAUGAUAUUCGCGGUGGUGUGGUGUACCUGGCGCAGGUGCUCAAGAAGAACCGUACGCUACGCGUGCUCAACUUGAGCGACAAUAACAUUGAAAUGCCCGGAUUGGUAGCGGUCGCCGAAGCGCUCAAGUACAAUUCAACGCUGGAAACGCUCGACAUGAGUCACAACCCCUGCUCUGGGCCUGGAUUGGAGGGCAUCACGACACUGCGUACUGCAUUUGCGCUCAAUUCGAAUCUCAAGCGAUUGUUCCUCAACGACACGGAUUUAUCUUCAGAAGCGGCGAUUGCGCUUGCCGAGUUUUUGCCGGAAGCACGCAGUUUGAUCCACCUCGACCUUGCCGAGAACUUUGAUAUCGACAUCGCCGGCGUUAUGGCGCUGGCUGUGUCGCUUCGGAUGAAUCAGAGUCUGCGGUGUUUGGACCUGAAUAUUCCACCGAACAACCCGGACUUUGCACGGUUGUCACAAGAGAUUCUGCAAUCGUGCGUUCGCAACACGGAGCUCGCGCAGCAACGCGCGGCCAAGAAAGGACUGAAACAGCGCAUCGCCGCGCCGAUCUAUCGGUCGGUGGUUGCACGAGCAGCGAGAGAGAACGACGAACGCUUGAAGGCGAUCGAGACGGCUCGAGCGACGGCGAUGUCGGCGGCGGCGGCAAAGGAUCGUGCUGCGGUCCAAGACUUGCUCACGGCAGCAGGUGAAUGUCGAAGCGUUCUUCGCGAUCUGUUGUCGGGUGAAGAAAAGAGGCAGCUCGAAGCGCCCGAGCAGAAGCUGACGCCACCGGGCGAGUUUGUGGAAGAUCUGACGGUGCAGAGUGCCAAGUUAAGGAAGAGGUUGGGCGAAUUGGCAGGAACAGUCGAGGAGGAGGAUUUGUUGGAGAGCAUCUUGACGGUGCAUGAUGAGUUGUCAGAGGUGAGUACGCGCUUGGAGAGGUUUUAUCAGUACGGAAUAGCGGCUAUUGGGAAACCUGGAGAUGGAGUUCGGAUCGAGGGUGAAAUGACGUCGGUUCAUCUCACCACUCCGGAUCAGGGUGUAGUUGAGUCGGGAUUGACUUCGCCGGCGUUCUCGAUUGCGGAUUCGGACGAGGAGGACUCAGAGGUCGAAUCGGGGAGUGGCAAGCCACGUUCUCGAAUUGCAGUUGGCGCCAGCGGCGCGUCCGCAAACGGAGAAGCCAGCAAUAUGCCACAACACUCACGCUCACACCAAGGUUCAUUGUCAGACAUGAUGGACGGUCUCGGCAUCCAGACGCACUCUGUCGACCGUGAUUCUGCCGAUCGCGAAGAACGCGAACCGGAACACGAACACGAACACGAACACGAACUUGGAGCGGAUGGGAGCCCGCUACCUCCGCGUGCACCAACCGAAACCCUCGCCAAAGGUCAGCUAAGUGAAGAGGCCGAGCUCUUCCGAAAAACCAAAUGCUUGCAAUACGACUUCCACGCUCGUCACUCACAGGACGAUGAGCGCCUAGCUCGCCUCGGCACCACUCCAGACCUCGCUUGCACCCCUACGGCACCACCUUCGCCUCACACCGACCCCCUACAGGCGGCCGUCCACAACGCUCACUUGUCCGGCGAACAGCUGAGGAAAGACCUCCUCCGCGCACACGUCCCUCCGAAAUCCCUCACCUCCACCCCUUAG